AUGGAUUUGAAAAAGUAAAAAGGAUACCUAGAUCCUAAAUAAUCAUUAGAAAUUUUCACAUUUAUAUCAAGUCAUUUAAGUGAAUGUAAAAUAUAAAGAGAAAAGAAGAUGCAGAUGAAUAUCAAACUAAAAUAUAAGUGUUUUUGUUAAGAUUUUUAUACUAAAAUGGAUUCUUUUUAAAAUUUUGAGUCAAUUAAAUAAUUUACUAAAGGUUUGAUUGGAUAAAAAUUUGAAAAUGAAAUUAUUGAAAAAGUAGAUUCUAAGCUUAUUUUAACUUAUAUAUACUUUUUGGUUUAAAUUAAAAAAGUACCAACUUAAGCAAUUUAUGAAGUCAUUCGAUUCUCCAUAAUUUAAAAAGUAUUGAUAUUAUUAAAUAUUUAUAAGGACUAAUCAAUAAAAUAAAAGGCUAUUAUUUCGAAAUUAAAAUAGGAUGCUUUAUAAAAAUUUAGUGAAUUAGUUAAAAAAAAUGAUCUUGUUAAUUAAAAAUUUGUUUUUAAGAAAGUUUAUUAAUUCGAAGAAUCAUUAAAAUCUAUAAAACAUAAUUUAUGUAUUGUGAUAAAGUAAGAAAAGGUAUAUAUUUAAAAAUAAAAUAGGAUUUUUAUGGAUGUAUUCUAUAGUAAGUUAUUAAUAUUGAUAAGCUUUUAGAUGUAGGACAUAAAUUAAUUGAAAAUAUAAAAAUUCUUGAAAAUUAAUUCUAAUUAUUAUUUAGAACAAAUCCAUUAAAUAAUGAAUGUGACACAAUUUAUAACAUUUUUCAUAAAUAUGUAAAUUAUAAUAAACCCAGACCAAAAUUAUAUAAAAGAGAAGGUCAAAUAAUGAUGCAAUUUUUAUAAUCAGAAGAGAAGAUAAUUUAUGAUCCUGGUAGCUGUGUAAUAUAAAUAACUUUAAUGUAACCAAGAGGAAAUGUAAUAAGAUAUACUAGAUCAUUUUAAAAUGCUAUAGGAUAUAAAGAUGAAGAGAUUUAAGAUCAAAAUAUAAAUAAAUUUAUGCCAUAAAUAAUAGCAAAUGAUCAUGAUUUAUAUUUAGAUAAUUUUGUUGAGAGAGGUAGAAUAAAUGUAGUUAAAAAUGCUGUAAGAGUAAUUUUAGGAAAGAAUAAAUCAUAAUUUGUAGUUCCUAUUAAUACUAGAUUAAGAAUAGAAGCAAGUCCAACUGAAUUUGGAGCUACAGCUCUAAUUACACCAGUAAAUCUAACAUAUGGAUAUAUGAUGUUAAAUGAAUAAGGAUAAAUUGAAGAAUUAACAUAAAAUUUAUUUGAAGAAGUUUUUGAGAAACAUUUAGGAUUUGAAGUUGAUUAAAUAAAAGGAUUAGAUUGUUUAUUUUUUAUUCCUGAAUUAUCUAAAAUUUGGGAUACAUUAUUUGAUGAUAAUUUUGAUAGAUUAGAUAAAAAAUUAGAUUGUUAAUUAAUACUACCUUUGAUGACUAAAUAAAUGACUAGAAGUUUAAUACGUUCAAGAUCUAAUAUAUUUUCAAAAUAAAAUGUUUAAUCAAGUAUUGCUAAAUAAAUUGAAAAUUUACCUAAUGAUAAUAUAAUUUAUUAAGUUUCUCUUCAUUUAAUGAGUUUAAUUACUAUAAAUCUUAGGUAAAAUUAAUAUUUAUUUUUAGAUUAGUAAUUGUUGAAAUUCCUGAAUAUAAAUAAUUAAUGAAUCAAAAAAUAACAAGUAGAUAAUUAGUAUAAUUAAGAAAUAGAUCAUCAAUAUUAAUUAAUACUUAAUCAUAAAAGGAAAUUUAAACUUAAAAAACAGAUAUUAAUUUAUUAUCUAUGAAUUCUCCUCCAAGAGGUCUUUUAAAUGAAUGUAAUUUAGAAUAUGAAAAUUUAAUUGAAGAUAUUAAAAUGAUUGAAGAAUUUAAAAAUUAAUUAGCAUCAAUUAAUAUUAAUAGAACUGCUUAAAAUAAAUUAAAUGAUCUAUUUUUAUUAUAAAAUAGUGAUAGAAGAAUAAAUGAAUUUCAAAAUGAACCUUCAGAAAAGAGUAAUGAUUUAAGUGAAGCAGAUUCAGAAGUUAAAGAUAAUGCAUAAUAAUAAUAAUAAUAAUAAUAAUAUAAUUGUGGAUCUGUAGGAAGUUAAUAAUCUUAAAAUAAUACUACUGCUCUUAAAAGAUAAAUUAAAGAUUGUUUAUCAGAUUCAAAGGGAACCAAUAUUAAAACAAAACUAUUUCUUCUUUUAAUAUAUGUCAUAAUAAUGUCAGGAUUUCUUAUUAAUUACUUGAUAUUGUAUUAUAAUUUCGAGAAAAUUCAUGAAAACUAAAAUUAUGAAAAUUUACCAUUCUAAUUUUCCUAUUACUAUAAUGAAUUCAUCAUUGACUAAUCUUUCUUAGCUUAUGAUUAAUUUAAUUUUACAGAAUUAAGUUAAAUUGCUUUUAAAUAUUUCAUAAUAAAUAUUAAAAAUAUUGACAAAACUAUUGUUUUAUUACCUCACAUUAAUAUAAUUAAUAAUCUAACUAUGGAAAGUAGAGUAUUAAAUAUUAUAUCUUAACUAACUAAAGUUAUUAAUAUGAAUUAUAAAAUCAAUUAAAAUGAAUUCUAUAAUAACACUGAUGCUUUUAAUAUUUAGAUCGAUGAAAUUGAAAAUACAGAUUCCACAAAAAAUCUACGUAGUUUAUCAAUCUUGUAAGUAUAUCGUUUUUCAUUUUAGCGUAAUUGUUGAAGAAAUAAUCUUAUUUAUUUUACUAGCACAAUACCUAUAUUUCUUUAUUUAAAUAAUUAAAAUGAAAUAAAAAAUUUAUAAAUUGUUUUGUACUUUCUCAAAAGAAUUAAUUUCAGAACUUUUUGUUUAAUUCACUUCACUUUAUGCUUAAUUAAACAAUACUAGAUUUAGAAAUUAUGAAACAGAUGAAGAAUAAUUUGAAACUACAAUGAUGCGUCAAUAUUAAAAAACAGUAACAUCUAAUAUGUUAGAACAUCAUAAAAAAGUUGGAAAAGAAAUUUAAUUAAAAAGUAAAGUAUUUUAAUAAAUUAUAUAGAAAUUAAUUCAGCAUAAAUCUUAUUCUUUUUAUUCAUGUUUAUGUAUGCCAUACUUUGUUCUUCUUAUUUUAUUGGAAGUUUGAUCUUAUAAUAAGUUACUUAAUAAAGUGUAUCUGCAAGAUAUCAAGAAAAAACUUCAUUUUCAUUAACAUUAAAUUCUUUAGCAUCCAAUUUUGCUUAAUAAACUAUACUCUUAAAUCAUACAAUAACAACUGAAAUGAUUGAUACUUAUAAAAUUGCUGUAUAAUAAUUAGGGAUAUUAAGUACAAGUCUUCCUUUAUAUCAAAAAGAGCAAAACUCUUAAGUUUAUGGAAUCUUAAUCGAAAAUUUGUGCGAUUUGUUUUAAAGUUAAUUGUAAAAAUAAUAUAUUAAAUAUAGAUCUUAUAGUUAUGAAGAUUAUUAGGAUCUUUUCAGUCUUGAAUAAUGUUAAUCUAUAUCUAAUCUUGAUCAGGGAUUAAGUUCAGUAGUUUAAGGUUUAUAUUAGAAUUAAUUUGAUUUUUUAUAAACUAUUUCUACAAGAAGUUUAAAUGCAACUUAGAAAUACACUUAUGAUAAUCCAUUAAUUCAAGUAUAAAGAUUAUAUGCUUAAUAUGGAUUUUAAGUAAUAGUUGAAAUACUUACAAAAUAAAUCAAGUCUUUGAUAAACUCAACAUUUAUAAUUAACACAGCCGUCUUUAUUUUAGCUUGUAUAAUUAUGAGCAUUUCAUUGAUGACCACUAAAAUUAUGAUUGAAAAAGUUAAAUAUUAGUAUUAGGAUUGUAAAUAACUAUUAACACUUUUUCCAUUUGAAAAAUUAAUGGAAAAUGCAUAUGUAAUAGGUUUUAUAACACAUGAUUUGCGUUUUAAAGUUUGA